AUGGAUAGAGGAAAAUUAUGGAAGGCAAUGAGGAAGAGGGGAAUUAAGGAGGGACUGAUAGAGAGGGCGAGAGAGACAUACAAGGAGACGAGGUGCAGAGUAAGAGUGGGACAGGAGGAAUCGGAGGAGUUCUGGACGACCAAAGGAGUAAGGCAAGGAUGCCCAUUGAGCCCCACGUUGUUUAACAUCUAUAUGGCGGACUUGGGAGAAGAAAUGAGCAAAGGAGUGGGGGGAGUAAAAAUAGAAAACCGUAGGAUAAUGACGCUAAAAUAUGCUAGUCCUGCUAGCGGAAGGAGAGGAGGCAAUGGAGGAGAUGAUGAAGAGACUGGAAAGAUUCCUAAAAGAGAAGAGAAUGGAGAUGAAUACGGGAAAAACGAAGAUGGUCUUCAGAAGAGGUGGAAGAAGGAAAAGGAGGCAGUGGAGAUGGAAGAAAGGACAAGUAGAGAAAGUAGACGAGAUAAAGUAUCUAGGCUACGUAAUGAGGAGAGACAACAGGAAUCGGAAGCACGUAAAAAAGAGGGUGAGGAAGGCGUAGAUAGCGAUGAGAACGGUGUGGGGAAUUGGGGAGAGAAAGUUCAAGACGGACGUGGAAUGGAGGAUGAGGUUGUUCGACGCGGUGAUAGGAGGAAUAAUCUCGUACGGGGCAGAACUGUGGGGCUGGAAAGAGUGGAAGGAGGUGGAUAA